AUUGUGUUUGUUUGAGAGUGUUCCCAGAUUUUGAUGAAUAACAAUCACACACUGUUUCAUUUCUUCUUUUAUACAAAUUCAAUUUAUUGAUAUAUAAUUAUAUAUAUAUUUGUGUGUUGAUUCCUUCAUUUUUGUCGCUCUUUUCCUCUUAGCCUCGGGACACGGAAAACUCCAAGGCCCGGACCGCUGCCGAUCUUCUGCUCACUUUCAUCGUACGUGUGUUCCUGAAACGCUGAGCAUAUAUGGAACCUAAUGGUCAUAGGAGAGCGAAGAGAAGGGAUCAUCUUGUCCAAGCAAAUGGACAUACUGGCUUAUCAUAUUCCAUAGAUGAAUUAGAUCCAUGGACUGCAUGGGCAUAUAAGCCUCGUACUAUUUCAUUAUUAUUUGUUGGUGCAUGCUUUCUCAUUUGGGCAAGUGGAGCCCUUGGUCCUCAGAGCAGUGAGUCUGGCGAUCUUGUAACAUCAGUAAAAAGGGGUGUGUGGGCAAUGAUUGCAGUUUUUCUAGCUUAUUGCUUGCUGCAGGCUCCUUCUACGGUCCUAAUUCGGCCACAUCCUGCAAUUUGGCGUUUAGUUCAUGGAAUGGCUGUUGUUUAUCUUGUUGCCCUCACAUUUUUGCUUUUUCAGAAGCGUGAUGAUGCUAGGCAGUUCAUGAAGUUUCUCCACCCUGACCUUGGUGUUGGUACUGCUUUUGAAAGUCAUCUAGUUUCAUACUUGUUCUGCUAUUAUAAAUUUUAUCGAAGUUUCCUUGAUUAUUGUUUGCAUCUUUAUGCAGAGCUUCCGGAAAGAUCCUAUGGUGCAGAUUGUCGCAUAUAUAUUCCUGAAAACCCCUCAAGCAGCAGGUUUAAGAAUGUUUAUGAAACGCUAUUUGAUGAAUUUGUAGUAGCCCACAUCUUUGGUUGGUGGGGCAAGGCCAUUUUAAUCCGCAAUCAGCCACUUCUUUGGGUCCUCUCAAUCGGAUUUGAGUUGAUGGAGUUUACCUUCCGACACAUGCUACCGAACUUCAAUGAGUGCUGGUGGGACAGCAUCAUUCUUGAUAUUUUGACUUGUAAUUGGUUUGGUAUCUGGUCUGGAAUGCAUACCGUUAGGUACUUUGACGGGAAAACAUACGAGUGGGUUGGUAUAAGUCGCCAGCCUAACAUCAUGGGCAAAGUUAAACGAACUUUAGGACAAUUCACACCAGCACAGUGGGACAAAGAUGAAUGGCACCCGCUGCUUGGUCCAAUGCGUUUCGUUCAAGUUCUCAGUCUUUGCAUCGUCUUUUUGACAGUAGAACUUAAUACAUUCUUUCUCAAGUUUUGUCUGUGGAUUCCUCCUCGAAACCCUGUGAUCGUGUAUAGGUUGAUCCUGUGGUGGCUAAUAGCAAUACCGACAAUUCGCGAGUACAACUCAUACCUCCAAGACCGAAAACCAGUGAAAAAGGUUGGAGCAUUUUGUUGGCUUUCCCUUGCAAUUUGCAUUGUUGAGCUUCUCAUUGGAAUCAAGUUUGGACAUGGCAUAUAUCCCAAGGCGAUGCCGAAAUGGUUGGUAAUAUUCUGGGCGUCUAUUGGAGUGGCUCUUGUUUCGUUCAUACUCAUUUGGUCUUGGAAACUGCAGCGCAGUUACGGUAAAAAGAGACGAUAAAUUCAGGAUAUGAGGUGAAACUAUUACUAUUCUUUCGUAGUUAUUUUACUAGUGGCUUUUAUUAUAUUGAUGGUUGUAAAUACC